AAAAUGGCUAUCUUCUUUGACUCGUGGGUGACUGAAAUGUUGGCACCCCUAUCAACAGUAUUAGCGAUACUAUACGUUACAUUUAAAAUCAAUUACUCUUACUGGAAGAAGAAAGGUCUACCAUAUAUGGAGCCGUCUUUUCCGUUGGGAAAUGUCUGGAACACGACACUAAUGAGGAAAUGCCUUGGCGAGGAUAUGAAGGACAUAUAUUUUGCAGCAGAAGGCAAGGAUGUCGUCGGUAUUUACUCGCUAAACAAUCCGCUUCUCGUCCUACGGGAUCCAGAGCUGAUCAAAAUGAUCAUGGUGAAGGAUUUCAACUACUUUCCCGACCGGGGGAUCUAUGUAGACGAGGAGAACGAUUACCUGUCGGCUCACCUCUUCUUACUUGGAGGCAGCAAGUGGAAGUCUCUGCGCCAGAAGCUGACGCCCACGUUCACAUCGGGAAAAAUGCGCGCAAUGUUCGGCAUAGUGCGCGACUGCGCGCGCAUUCUGGCUGACGUCACUCCUGCGGGCAGUGUCGUCGAAGUCCGCGAGCUGGUUGCCCGCUACUCCACUGACGUCAUCGCUUCCUGCGCCUUCGGCAUCGACGUGGACAGCCAGCACAACCCUGACGCGGAGUUUCGCCAGUGGAGGCGGCGCUUCUUCAAGUCGUCGCUGCGCACUUAUCUUACUCAAGCUCUGGGGUUCUCUAAUCCGAAACUGCGCACCCUGCUGCCGGUAGCCUUCACGCCAAAGGACUUCACAGAGUACUUCACACGUGUCGUCGACGAGACAGUCAAACACCGAGAGGAAACAGGCGUCAUUAGGAAGGACUUCCUGCAGCUGAUGAUUCAGCUGAAGAACAAUGGAUACGUCGAUGACAGCUUCUCAAUCACUGGCCAGCCGAAAACUGAACAAAAAAGCAAGACUCUGACGACCAAGGAGGUGGCAGCACUGGCGUGGAUGUUUUUCAUCGCUGGGUUCGAAACUUCCUCUACCACCGUAAGCUUCUGCCUGUAUGAGCUUGUUAGACACCCGGAUAUCCAGAAGAAAGUACAAGAAGAAAUCGACGACGUACUGAAAAAGACCAACGGUGAUGUGACAUAUGAUGUCAUUAUGACCCAGAUGCCAUACUUGGAAAAGGUGGUGAACGAAACCCUUCGUAUGUACCCGCCCGUUCCGGUUCUCAAUCGCGAGGUGGCGCAAGAUUAUAAACUGUCAAGAUAUGACUGUGUGUUGGAGAAAGGGACUAAGGUGGUCAUUCCAAUCUUGGGACUCCAUCAUGACAGAAAGUUCUUUCGGAAUCCUGAAAAUUUCGACCCGGAACACUUUUCCGACGAGCAGAAGGUAUCAAGGCAUCCCUUUUCCUAUCUGCCCUUUGGGGAAGGACCACGCAUCUGCAUUGGCAUGCGUUUCGGAUUCAUGCAGGUGAAGUUGGCGAUGAUACAUCUACUGUCAAAAUUUGAUUUUCUGCCUGUUGGAGACAAGCAGGUAGAAGUACGCAUGGAUCCCAACAACCUCUUGCUGAGACCAAUCGGCGGAAUCGAUCUGAGAGUGGAACGACGACAAGUGCCUACAUGGUGAAGAGCUGCAGUGGACAUCUUAUACCAUAAUAGGAUGGCGGCCGUCUUAUAUUGAAAUAGUAUAAAAGAUCAUGUAAUCAACUGGUGACCUAAUCUCGUUGUG